AUGAACGCGUUUAUGGUGUGGUCUCAGAUCGAGCGCAGAAAAAUAUGCGAACAAACACCGGAUAUGCACAACGCCGAAAUAUCAAAGAACUUGGGGCGAGUUUGGAAAACGUUGAAUGACGAAGAGAGGCAACCGUUCAUAGAUGAGGCGGAGCGACUUAGACAGCUUCAUAUGCGAGAAUAUCCCGAUUACAAGUAUAGACCUCGCAAGAAGACCGCUAAGCCCGCCCCAAGAAAUGGUGGUGUCACGAAGCCCAAACGCAAGCAGCGGGCUGACACAAAUAACAAUAGAGGAGUAACCAGGCGACGAUCUCGGCCUACACCUGUAAGCGUCCCCAUGAUGCCUAUGGACACACCAGCUCCUCCAGCCCUGCCCGCAUCUCCGGCGGGGGCGCCCGACUCCCCUGAGUCGGCUUGUCUCUACGACGACAAUUCUCGGCGCGAGCAGACAGACCUUACGGACCUGUAUUCCAUAACGGACCUGCUGCGCCUCCCGGCUGACUGUGAAGUCGACCUAGACGUGCUUACGGACAUGGAGUCGUUCGAGACAGCCUCUUCCUCUUCGGGCUCGCACUUUGAGUUCUCUUGCACGCCGGACGUAUCGGAUAUGCUCAGCGAGAUCGGCGUGACGAGCGAUUGGGACGAGACCGCGUUUUCGUCGUACCUCACGUCGUCUUAG